UUGCUUGCAACCCAUGGAAAACAAAUUUAGUUGGAACGAUGCAUAGUUUGGGGACUGUUUUGGGUAUGGCCCUUGGAGGUGUGCUCGCUGACCAUUUUGGAAGAAAGACUACGUUCAUUGCAACAGGCGUGGCAAUCAUUGUUGGAAACUUAAAAACAUUUAUCUGGUCAUAUUACGGAUAUUUAUUUGUUGAACUUUUGGAAUCCGUCAUUGCUGGAUCUGCAUAUUCAGCUGGAAUGGUUUUAAUUGUCGAGAUCAGUGGAAACAACCAAAGAACUGUUGCAGCAGUAGUAUUUGCCUAUGCAAUUUAUUUAGGUGAAGCUUUACUCGCAGGCAUAGCUAUGAUAGUGCCUUAUUGGAAGUCAAUGGUUUAUAUUAUAUGCACACCUCCAGUUUUGGUACUCAUUUAUAUCAAACUGAUGGAAGAGAGUCCACGUUGGCUUGUAUUACAUAAUAAAUUAGACGAAGCAAGGCGCAUAUUGAAAUUAAUAAGGAAAUUAAAUAAUGUCAACAUAAGUCUUAAUGAAUUAAAUGAAUUAGAUGAAGAAAAAUUGAGACAAGUAUGUAACGUAGAGAUGGACCCAAAGAAAGAAGGAUAUAAAGAAGCGCUUGCAUCGAGGGAAAUAGUAAAAAGAUUGAUAGUAGCUACUGUUGGUAGAUUUACAGUUGCCUUUACAUAUUAUGGUCUUAUUGCUUAUUCAGUUUGGUUGCCAGGAAGCAAGUACACAAACUAUGCUCUCACAGCUCUAAUGUCAUUUCCCGGAGACAUAAUAGCUUUGUACUCUAUGAAUAAAUGGGGAAGACGGAUGCCAUUAUGUUAUGGAUAUUUUAUAUGUGGUGUGGCUUGCGUAGCCUCUGCUUAUGUUUCUGAAUCGUACAUAUGGCUUAAAAUUUUACUCUAUCUGAUCGGAAAGCUGAUGUCAGCUGCAUGUUACACGGGAAUUUGGACUUACACGAUGGAAUUAUUUCCUACAAGUAUUCGUGGCUCAAUGUACGGGUUAAGUUCCUUGAUUGCCACCCCUGGUUACCUACUAGCUCCUUUAACGCCGGCUAUGGAUACAAUUUCUCCUGUAUUCGCCUCUAUUUUCUUCGGCUGCUCCGCUGUAGCCUCCAGUGUCCUUAUGCUAUUUGCUCCUGAAACUAAAGGCCAACCACUUGCGGGGACGAUACAAGAUAUUACCAAUAGUAUUGCAAUAAAUAAGCGAUCAAGAAGACCAAAACACAUAAGUACGAUUUCAAAUCGAGACGCAGAAACAAAUAUCGAUGCAAAUUCAUAUGCAAAUGUAAAUGUAGAUACAAGUGACGCGGUUUCGGAUGCAAAUGUAGAUACAGUUCCAUACUUGAAUGCGGAUAUAGACAAAAGUACGGAUGCAGGUGCUUAUGCAGACGUGAAUGGUGAUGCAAAUAAAGUCAACGCCUAGAAAUCGGAAAAAAAUUAUAUGAACAAAUUCUGCUUAAAAAUAUUUUUUCUUAAUUUGGCGUAUAAAAAAAUAAAAUAAAAUAAUCAAAA